UGACAACGAGCGAAAUAAAUAGCAUAAGCAAAGAGAAGGAAGCCAUUAUCGAGAACUAAACGCUUUGCGUGCAUUACUGUACUUUUUAAAAUUAUUUAACUAAAAUUAUUUAACUACAAUGGCCUCAAACCAAGUCACACAGAACUCACAGGUCGCAGCAGUUGAGGAGGUAGUGGAUUUUGCGCCAGGAGGAGUUCCAAAAGAACCAUAUAAUCUGGGCAACCCUGUGUAUACAUGUAGAAACAAUUACCAAAUGCCCCAGCCUAGAGAAGAUGAAUGUUUUCAAGGCUAUGGAAAACGCGAACAUCCCCUUUAUAGAACAACAGCAAAUAACUAUGGAAUGCAACCCCCUUCAGUACAUACCAUGCCUACCACUUUCCACUGUAAAUCUCAAAAGUUCUCUGAGCAUUUAGGAAUCUGCGGCAUGUACAGAGAUCAAGGUCUAAACACAUCUACAGAUAAAAGCAAAGUAUGAAGCUGCCAAAACAAAUAAAGACUGAUUCAUUUGGAAUCUUUUAAACAUUAUUUUUAUGGACAAGAUAUGGAUUUAUUAAAAAAAAGGCACUGGAACUGUUUCACAUGGAGAUUUCAGUUUGCAUCAGUUGAAUGAUGAUGAUUUCAUGUAUGUCAGUCCUCUGCAAUGGAACUGUGGUGCAACUCCCAAUUUAUCAAUAACGACAAAACAUUUAUCAUGGAGAAAUAUCUCUUGAGAGUUGCAUGGAAAAAUGUGAAGAAGGGAAGGGAUUUUUUAAGGAGUAAGGGAGGGAAAAUUUUACAUUCAAAUAAGAAGCAGUGUUGUCGUGAAAGUCACUUUUUGUGGUGCCUAUUCUGCUGCUUCACUUGAAAUAUUUUAUCCAUUAUCGAAUUUUCAUACUGUGGUGUUCAAAGGAAUUCUUCUUCAUUGUUUACUCAUCAUGUGGAAUUGCCAUUGUCAUUUUGUUGAAAAAGAUAAUAAAUUUAUUCUAAAUACUG